GCUGAGGGAUUUCACUUGCAAGACCUUUGGCUGCUGGUCGUUGAGACGCUGGGAGGGAAUCAUGCUAUCCUUUCCAUCUGCUCCCAGAUAGCGACGUUCCAAGUUUUUGCCAGAUGCGGAGUCUCGGGGAAAAGUAACCGGUCUGGCAAGUGCUGUCGCUGGUCUUCGAGAGUCUAUCGUGUGAGCUCUCAUCCAUCAGUGCCAUGGCGUUUUCAGACUACACUGUGACCGCCAAACUGACCGCAGCGUUAGUUCUGUUUUUCCUGGUGUUUUUGUGCAGCUGGCUGCCCGGCAGAAUAAUCACUCUCCUCCAUCGCGGACUGGAUAACUCCCUGGACCAGCAGCGGCUGCAGCAAGUACUGACGGGCAUGAACUGCUUCGCCGGCGGCGUGUUUCUGGCCACCUGCUUGCUGGAUCUAUUCCCAGAGUUUCGUUUGCUGAUGACUGGUGAAAAAGGACAAGCUAACAGCAUGAAUAGUAGAGGUUUUCAGGUGUCGGAAGCAAAUACUCGGACGUUCGCCUAUCGCCAAAAACGACUCAUACCCAAACUUUCCCCAUCGAAAGAAAACGAAAUCAUCAACUCCUGUGAAGAACGACAAUUUGUAUACGACACGCCACUGAAUCGGCUCAGACGGCAUUCGUCCCUCAUUAAACCGGACAGCGACGACAAUAAUAACUGUGUCCUUACUAAAAAUUUGAGCUUUGUAGAGGAGCAGCAGAAACGACGAUCACUGGAUCUGAGUGUCAUUUUACUACUCCUCGUCUUAUCUGCCCACUGCAUCUUUGACGGUCUCACCGUGGGGCUUGACCCUCAGCCGACGCCCCAGGCGCUGGAGGUCACCGUCGCUGUUGCCAUCCACAAGUGCGUCUUUGCUUUCAGCCUUGGCGUCCAGUACGCCCAGAGCACCCAGAUCACCACCGGCCUCAACCGGAGCAUCCUCUGCUACUCAGCCGCCUCGCCCAUCGGCAUCUUCACCGCCUUCGUAUUUGAGCUCAUGGCCAGUCACUUGGCGAGUUUGCAGGCGAUGCUGGGCAGCGUCGUUCCGGCCAUCGCGACGGGGACUCUCGCGUUCAAGAUCUUCCAGGACAUUUCACCCGCAACUUGCCAGAGUUGAAACACUAAUAAUUAUUCGCCCCUCUUAGUCUUGACAAUAAUAUUUUGGUUUAUGGAAGAUCAGUAAAUUCCAGCUCGGCUUCCAUUGAUUUCAACCGUUUCUUACUGAUGAAGUUUUAUUAAAUGUCAUUUUUAUUCUGUAAUAAUUUUUCGUAACUUUAUUCAUGCCUUUGCACAUCUUUUUCAGUGCGUUUUAAGUUUUAUCAUGCAUUGUAUGUAAUUAUUAUCGAUCGUGCAUUUUUAUGGUAUACGCACUUUUCUCUCGAUCUCAACAGUGCGUCUAUUAUUAGGCUGUGCACAUUCCAACCUGACUUCAGUGUCACACUGAAAAAUUGCCUGGGUUAAAGUUUAACCCUAGGAAGGGUUAAAAACUGCAACCACCCAAAUAUGGGCCGUGUUGACCCAAUUUUGGGUUCAUUUAUUUAUGUUUUAUUUAUCACCCACAAAAUGAGUGGAUAUUAACCAUUGUUGGGUUAAACAACCCACAAAUUAAUUUCAAUCACCUGAAUUGGGUUGAAACAACCUAAACCAUUGGGUAGUUGCAGUUUUCACCCUUGCUUGGGUUAAAUUUAACCCACGCCAUUUUUUUCAAUACGCCGGGCCGGGCCGGGGGGGCUUCUUGAGGACGUAAACAGGGCAAACGGCGAGGUCCCUUGUUAUUAAUUUUCUUGUAACGUUCAUGUUAUUUGAAAUAAGCCAGUGAAAGCGACGUCGUAUUACCUCCAACUUUUUAACAUUCAACCCCACUUUGCAAAAGCCUUAUUUGUAACUGUCUUUUAACUUCCAAGAUAUUAUCAAUCACAACAUUGCUCACUUCAAUAUUUGACAUUCGUAUCACAGAAAGAAUUGACAUUUGUCUGUUAAAAGAUUCCAUUUAAUGACAUGUAGGCCUAUUUCCAGCUAAGAUAAUUAAGGGAAACUCGUAAAACUGAAUGCAUGACUUUUAUCUUUGUGGGAAAAUGCUAUUUGGAAACUUACAAGUGUUUUUGUUUUAUCUGUCACUAUAUUUCAGGGUUGCUUAAUGGAAAACCUCAGAACUUGAGCAAUGCGACCAAGAAAUAUUAACGACUGAAGUUUAAUAUUUGUUUGUGGUGCUACACAAAAGGCAUUGACGCAACUUUGGCAUGAAAAAUGUGACAUCUCAAUAUCCAUGUAUAUGUAAAUGUUCAUGUGUAUAAUAGUGGUAAAUAUUUUUUAAAAUAAAAUAGAACAUCGAAUACGGAUAAUUUUUGUCCACGAAUGUCUGGGUUUAUAUUUGCUGUUUUAAUUUUAAAAUGUCUAAUUUACUUUCAAUUUUUGCAGCGGGUAAAGAAUUACGUAAAGCAGGGGUGGAAUUAUUAAUUGGGGGAAGAAUUUUUUGGGGUGGUAAAAUUCAUUUCUUUAUCCCUAACACUCCUCAAUCCUUCACCUGUUGGAGGAUUGAGGACUGUUAAGGCUUAGCAAAUGUUGGGCAAAAUUUGGGGGCUUUGGGGGACAAUUUUGUAAAAAACAAUUGCAGUUUUCUAUUGUUACAAAGAAUGAAAGUAAAAAGGGUGCCUUUUAAUUUGGGCGGAUUUUAGUAAGGAAACGGUGUCUGGUUCGACCAGAAGCAUCUCCUCGUCAGUUGAUAUGAGCCAUGUUGGUC